AUGGAUAAGACAAAGUGCACAGAUACACAAACUCACAUUCUCCUUCAAUUUACGAAUGAUUUUGAGGCGCAGGCGAUCGAAAUCACCGUCGUCUUUCAGCUUCGAAAUCACAUCCUCGGCUCUUACACGGCCGGCGCCACCGUUAACACCACUCCUGUAGACCCGCGAUUAACUCCACCCCCAGCCCACCCCGAAGGCCACCGAACCCGCACAAACCGCAUCGGGAGCCGCCACCGGAGGACCCCUCCAAGCUCAGCACCAGGGCGAGAAGAGGAACGAAGCUCGAAAUUAAAAGCUUGUCUCGACCCCGGCCACCGAUGCACGGCAGCCGGAGCCUGUCUUGACACAAUCAUCCGCAAGCCCACAGUCCCGAACAUCCCCCACGGCCAACCGGGUAAUAGGCGAAAUGCCGCUGCUGGAGGGGUAGACGAUCGGCAAGGAGACGUGACUACAACCCAAGAGCCGAAUCGGAGCAGUGGGGGCGAUUUGCCGGAGGAAGGGAUAAACAAUGUUGUGUCGCAAUUG